CAUAUUCAUGAAAUAAGUGGAGAUACUUCCUUUUUCUCUUUAAUGGCGAACGUCUUGUUCGUGUAGUAUAUAUUUAUGCAUGGUGGAAGAAUAGUGCUAGGAAAUAUAUAAAAGAUGUCUUUAUCAACUGCUAGGCCACUGAUCAGUGUCUACAAUGAAAAAUCAGAAGUCGUCAAAGAAACGAGCAUUGCCCUUCCGGCAGUAUUCAAAGCCCCCAUCAGGCCUGAUGUAGUCAACUUUGUUCAUCAACAAGUAUCGAUGAACCAUCGUCAACCCUACAGUGUCAGCGACAAAGCUGGUCACCAAACUUCCGCGGAGUCUUGGGGUACCGGUCGUGCUGUCGCCCGUAUUCCCCGUGUCAGGGGCGGCGGUACCCACCGUUCCGGUCAGGGUGCUUUCGGCAACAUGUGUCGCGGAGGUCGCAUGUUCGCUCCCACAAAGCCAUGGCGCAGGUGGCACCGCAGGGUCAACGUCAAUCAGCGCCGAUACGCCCUGGCUUCGGCCGUCGCCGCUAGCGGAGUGCCCGCCCUUGUGAUGAGCAAAGGGCACGUCGUCGACCAGAUCCCUGAGCUGCCUCUGGUGGUGUCCGACAAAGUGCAGGAGAUGAGCAAGACCAAGGAGGCUGUGCAGUUCUUGAGGAGGAUCAAGGCAUGGUCUGAUAUCCAAAAGGUAUACAAGAGCCAGAGAUUCCGGGCUGGAAAAGGUAAGAUGCGUAAUAGAAGACGCAUCCAAAGGAAAGGACCUCUUGUCGUUUACCACAAAGAUCAAGGCCUCCGCCGUGCCUUCCGUAACAUUCCUGGCAUCGAUCUGGUCAGCGUGGAGAAGCUCAGCUUGUUGAAACUCGCUCCCGGUGGUCACGUUGGACGUUUCGUCAUCUGGACCGAAUCUGCCUUCCAACGAUUGGACAAACUGUUCGGCAGCUGGAAGACCCCUUCCUUGGAAAAGAAGGGUUACAACCUGCCACAGCCCAAGAUGUCCAACACAGAUUUGUCCAGGUUAUUGAAGGCUGAUGAAAUCAAGGCUGUUCUUCGUGCUCCACAGAAGAAGGUUGUUCGUCGUGUACGCCGUCUGAAUCCUUUGACCAAUACCAGAGCUUUGUUGAAACUCAAUCCAUAUGCUGCAGUCCUGAAGCGACAAGCUUUGUUGACUGCCCAGAAAAGGAAGUUGCAGAGAGAUGAACAGCUCGCUAAGAAAAGAGGAAUAACUUUGUCAGCUGAUAGUGCGGUCAUCAAGUCAGCAGCAUUACAGAAGAGAAGGAGGGAACAGUUGUUGAAAGUCAAGAAAGAAGGAAAAGCUAAGCCUGUAAAAGCCAAGAAGUCCUCUGGCAAAAAAUGAAAGGGGUCACUAUAGUUAUAGCAUAUAAAUGAGUUUUGUGCAUUUUAACUGUGUUGACCUAAUUAUAUAUUAAUAAAACAACAAAUUGAACUUC